CUGAAGGACUGAGGAAUUAGCUAGACAGAGGUGAGUGGGGGGAGGCAGGGCCAUCGCAGGGGAGGGCCAGACGUGGGAGCCACCUCCCGGAAAUCUAAACAGCAUCUAGGCCAGGCAGGCACCUGAGCGUGUUUGGAAGGUGCGGAAGCAGGCAGGACUCAGCCUCCAAAGGAAAGUGGUCUGUAGCCUAGAGGUAGCUGCAAGUUUGAAGGGUUUUACGCAGGGGAGAGACUUGGUCAGAUUUUUAGAAGGAUCAGCGGGGAGCGGGGUGAAAGUGGAUGGAAAGACAGAGACAAGCACUGAGGCAGUGAGUGGGGAGGAGAGGAGAAAUUCAGGCAGUCGAGUUUUCCCGAUGAUGGUUAUUCGGGGGUUAAGUAGAGGACAGGGAGCAGUUGUAGAGGACACCCAGCUUCUGCUCCUAAUCAGGGGGAUUGGGGUGAUCUGAUGAGGUCAGUAUUGGAUGUCAACCCAGUCUUCUGGCGUCCAGUCCGUGCCCUUUUGCCUCUUGGCACUGCCAGCAAUAAUGCCCGCGGGCCACCGAUGAACCAGGCUCGCAGCCUCCAACCCCACCCCUCCGGCGGCUGCGACGUGCAGUGUAUCACUCUGGGCACCAGGGGGCGCGCCCGCACACUCUCGGGCCGCUCUGGCCCAGCCCAUCUCAGUGGUCGCGGAAGGUGACGUGGACACGGAAGUGGUCGUCGUCGCUGCACCGGUGGGAGCUAGGCGCGGGUCUCGGAGUGCGGCCGGCAGGCGGACGGGCGGAGGCGAUCUCGCACCGGCGGCGACGGAGGGCUCAGGCGUCGUCGUUUUGGUGGGGGACCGCUGAACUGACAAGCGGCAUUUCAGCUCCUUUCACCUGCCAGUCGGAACCCCCGAGCCGGGGCCCGCUCAGCCGGCGUUACCAUGACCAAGGCCGGUAGCAAGGGCGGGAACCUCCGUGACAAGCUGGACGGCAACGAACUGGACCUGAGCCUCAGCGACUUAAAUGAAGUCCCGGUGAAGGAGCUGGCUGCUCUUCCAAAGGCCACCAUCCUGGAUCUGUCUUGUAAUAAACUGACUACUCUACCGUCGGAUUUCUGUGGCCUCACACACCUGGUGAAGCUAGACCUGAGUAAGAACAAGCUGCAGCAGCUGCCAGCAGACUUCGGCCGUCUGGUCAACCUCCAGCACCUGGAUCUCCUCAACAACAGGCUGGUCACCUUGCCUGUCAGCUUUGCUCAGCUCAAGAACCUGAAGUGGUUGGACCUGAAGGAUAACCCCCUGGAUCCUGUCCUGGCCAAGGUGGCAGGUGACUGCUUGGAUGAGAAGCAGUGUAAGCAGUGUGCAAACAAGGUGUUACAGCACAUGAAGGCCGUGCAGGCAGAUCAGGAGCGGGAGAGGCAGCGGCGGCUGGAAGUAGAACGUGAGGCAGAGAAGAAGCGUGAAGCCAAGCAGCGAGCUAAGGAAGCUCAGGAACGGGAACUGCGGAAGCGGGAGAAGGCGGAAGAGAAGGAGCGCCGGAGAAAGGAGUAUGAUGCCCUUAAAGCAGCCAAGCGGGAGCAGGAGAAGAAACCUAAGAAGGAAGCAAAUCAGGCCCCAAAAUCUAAGUCCGGCUCCCGUCCCCGCAAGCCACCACCCCGGAAGCACACUCGUUCCUGGGCUGUGCUGAAGCUGCUGCUGCUGCUGCUGCUAUUUGGUGUGGCGGGAGGGCUGGUUGCUUGUCGGGUGACAGAGCUACAGCAGCAGCCCCUCUGCACCAGCGUGAACACCAUCUAUGACAAUGCGGUCCAGGGUCUACGCCGCCAUGAGAUCCUCCAGUGGGUCCUCCAGACCGACUCUCAGCAGUGAGCUUGUCCCCAGCACCUGCUGCCUCCCAGCCUUGGAGUUUGGAUUCCUAUGGAAUUGGGUUCUGCUGGACACAACCUCUUUUUAGCAUCAGACCUACCUGCCAUCAUCAAAUGGCUGCAGAUUGGGUACAUGAGACCUCCUCUUUGUAGGACUUCUUGGUUCCUUAGUCAGGGUUCCCUGGUGGAAUGAGGAGAAAUGGGAGGUGGCGGCGGGGGGAGCAGUUACCUGCAUGCCUAAAGGAGUAGGCUUGGGGGUGGGGAGAGAGAAAACAUAGCCUUUUCUAGUUGUUAGACAAAGCUAUGUAAAGGCAAGGCUCGUUCGUUUCUACUAAAUGGUCAGCUGUCACUACAUUUCUACUUUUGUAUGCCACAAACCCUUUCUUUCAUGCCUCCCUGGGGAAUCAGGGCAGAUCAGGAGGAAGUUUUUGGGGACUAAAACACCACACUCAGUAAAUCCAGUCUAAAUUGGGGGGUAGGGGUAUUCCUGUUUUCUUCAGGACCUCAGAGAUGUAAGCAUUUUAGCAGCCACACAAAAUCUCUGGCUAUGAAAGGGACUUCAUGACCAUCCAGUCCAAUGUAACACUUGCAGACAGAGAAACAGGUCUUCCAUGACUUGCCUAGUCUCCCAGCUAGUUUGAGGCAAAACUGGAUUCCCGCUCUGGUAUUCUUUCUUCCCUUUACAUCAUUUUCCCUCCUUUAUAAUGUCCUGAGAGACUAGAACUCACACCAGAAUUGAUCAUUCCUCAGGCGAAGCAUAGAAUCUUUCAUGGUAGACAGAUUUCAUGACUCAGAGAUAGAAAUCUCUUGCUAUCAUCACGUCAUGGCAGCUCCUGUGGAGUCCUGCCCAACUUAUGUGGCUUCCAUAAAAUGGCAACAGUCCAGGCUCCUUGCCUCAAUUUUAGAGCAUUAAUUCCCUAAUUGCCAGUAAGCAAGGAGGUGGAUCUCUGCAAACCUACACUGUCUAUGACAGCUCUAGUUGUAUUUGGUGUGACUAAAUACCUCAAAGGCAACCUGCUUUUGCAGGUUUUGAAGUGUCAGCUUCAUAAGACACUGAGAUUUAGAAUUGUUUGUUUCUAGACCAUAACUGAAGGGAAUAAAUGGAAACAGGAAAUGAAGGGAAACAGGUAGCAUCAUGGAGCUGAAAAGUGGUGCAUCACCCAAUGACUAGCACAAACAAGGAUCGCACUGUCCAUUCUCUUGUCUGCUAGAGUAAGCAUUUUCUUACCUCCUUUGCUUCAUCUUUUCACAACAGCUGGAUAGAGGGAUCAGAAAUGACUGUGUCAUGGUGCUCAUUCACUGCAAACUCCCAGUUGCAAGCUCCUUGGCUCCCCCGGAGGGAGCAAGAAUCUGUCAUAGUUCAGAGACAGAGGGCCUUUUAGCCCUAAUGACCUUUUGCAUGGGACUGCCACUCAUGACUGUCCUGAUAUUGGAAGAAAGGACUUUGUUAAUCUUCUCCCCCAUAGCUCUGCUGCGUAGGUCUACACCUUACUCAGAAUCACUACACAUUCCUUCAGUCUUCCUCCAAGCUCCAGAGCCAUUGGUACAAAUGCUUUAUUGAAACUAAAUAUAUAAUACAUACAAUGAGAUGAAGACAAUAUAGAAGUCUGCAUAGUCAUCAUAAUCCCGUUCCUUGGCCGGUUGAGGCAGCUCAGUGGCUGAGCCCAGUCAAGCCAACCCACAGCUUCACUCACAACUUCAAGAUUUGAUGCUAAUUCUUUUGGAUUUCUACAGUUAUUAAAUACGUGUCUGAGUGGA